AUGUCUAGACCAGAGCAUAUUGCCCCACCAGAAAUAUUCUACGAUGAUGUAGAAUCAAGAAAAUACUCUUCAAAUUCUCGUAUUAUUGAGAUUCAAACAACGAUGGCAGAGAGAGCUUAUGAACUACUGUCGAUUCCAGAGGAUAAAGAAGGAUUGUUAUUAUUGGAUAUAGGAUGUGGAUCCGGUAUCAGUGGUGAUGUCAUUACUGAUCAUGGUCACGAAUGGAUAGGAAUGGAUAUAUCAAAGGACAUGCUCGACGUAUCGAUAGAGCGUGAAGUAGAAGGUGAUGUAAUGCUUCGUGAUAUCGGUCAAGGUUUUCCAUUUAGAGCAGGUACAUUCGAUGGUGCAAUAAGUAUAUCAGCAAUUCAAUGGUUAUGUAAUGCAGAGAAAUCACAUCACAAUCCAAGAAAGAGAUUGUUGGUAUUCUUUCAAUCGCUAUUUUCAGUUUUGACACGUGGUGGUAAAGCGGUUUUGCAAUUCUACCCGGAGAAUGCAGCACAGAUCGAAAUGAUUUCGUCGGCAGCGAUGCGUUGUGGUUUCACCGGUGGUCUGCUGGUGGAUUUCCCCAAUUCCACCAAAGCCAAAAAGUAUUUCCUGGUGCUGUUCACCGGUAGCAAUGGCAGUAUGCCAGCGGCAAAGGGUGUCGGUAUCGAGGAGGCCGAGGAAGACGGUGUUAAAUAUGUAAAUAGAAAGACAGAGAUUAGACGUGGAAACAUCAACAAGCGUGUCAAGACUAAAGAUUGGAUCAAAGGAAAGAAAGAGAGACAGAGACAUCAAGGUAAAGAAGUUAAAAGCGAUUCACAAUACACCGGAAGAAAGAGAAAGCCAAGAUUCUAA